GUAAGUAAAUAAAUAAAAUUGACAAUAUGCUGCAAACAUCCAACCUUAAAAUAAAUUUCAUUUAAAUACAAAUGUUCAGUGAAAGUAGACAGUUAAAAGUAUAAAUUAUUUUUGCAACAUAUUAUAUUCAAGAUAAAAAUGAACAUCUCAAAUUUAAGCCAAGACGAAGUAAAUGUAGUAGAAAAUUGUGAAAAUCAUGCUUCAACAUCACAUACGGAAAGAGAUUUAAAAAUUAAUAUUUUAAAAGAUAUAUGUGAUAAUAACGCGAAUUUUUUCUCAAAGGACAACACUGAAAAUGGCCAAAGGCUUUAUCUAUCGUUCCUGGCAAUAGUUGAUUCUGUCGAAAAAGCUAAGCCUAAAAUACUUGCUAUAGAAACUGACAUGCACUACUUCGAUUUCGAUGAAAAUACUCCGGGAAAUGGAUACAGAAGUUUCCUCCUAGUCCUAGAUUUAGCUAUACAAAUGGCUAUUGAUUGCUCAGAAAAAGUUUUACAAAAAAGAGAUAGCACCUUUUUCCGUAAGACUUAUCUAACAAAAGACAUAGAAUCAUGUUCCCAUUUAAUGAAUAGCUUAGAUAGUUGUCUAACGCAACUUCAAACAAUAAUGUCUUUGUGUAAUGAUGGCAAUCUUUUUGUUGGUGAAGAUUACCCAUUGGAUGAGUUAUUCACACAAUAUGGAGAAAUUAAUCAACAUUGUUUUUAUGGAAGACAUUUAGGAUUUCAAUAUUGUGACUCCAUUAGAAAUGUUUUACAAUUCAUUGCUUUAUCAAUGACGUUGUUUUCGGAAGUAUAUUACAACCAAGGCUCGAUGAUUAGUAAAGCUACGAAUUCCGUAAUUUCCAGUACUAAAUUUUUUAUUGAUCCAGAACAAAGAGCCAAACGAAUUGUAAAUAUAUCUCAACACGCAGAAGUAGAUUUCUGCAAAGCGUUCUGGUUUCUUGCCGAAGCAGAACUUAUGAACCAGCUGCCUUCGAUAGUAUCACCAAGUGUGGCUAUUUCUAAAGUGAUUCAAAUACCACCAGAGCCUAUAGUUAUAGAAACUCUAGAUGGUGAAUCUUAUGAAGUACCAGUGCCUUCUUCUUAUAUUGGUCGAAAAUCGGUACAAGUUAGAUUAAUAAGCCAUAAAAUUCGAGAAGGAAUGUUAGGUACUAAAGGGAAAAGUCCUAUGGAUCCUCCUUCAAAUGCAUUACUGAUCCAUUGUCACGGCGGUGGGUUUGUUGCCCAAUCAUCAAAAUCUCAUGAUGGAUAUUUGAGAGAUUGGGCAAAAAAGUUAGAUGUUCCUAUACUUUGUAUUGAUUACAGUUUGGCUCCGGAAGCACCAUUUCCGAGGGCACUGGAAGAAAUAUUAUUUGCUUAUUGUUGGGCUAAAAAGCAUCAUGAAUUUUUAGGAACUACAGGUGAAAUAAUAAUUGGUGCAGGUGAUUCAGCUGGAGCAAAUCUACUGCUCAGUUCCACAUUGAAAUGUAUUGAAUCCAACAUCCCUACGAUGUCAGGUCUAUUUGUAGCUUAUGUGCCUACUCUUGUACAUUAUAUACCAUCUCCAGCUCGACUGCUUUGCAUGAUGGAUCCUCUUUUACCAUUUGGAUUUUUGAUGAAAUGCCUCAAAGCUUAUGCUUGUCCAGAUCCCCACUUACAACAAACGUUUAGCAACAAUAACAAUAAGGAUACGGAAAGUUUUGAAGAAAUUACUGAGUCAGAUAUAAUGGAAUUGCAAGCUCACAAAUCUCCUACUUCAGAAAAUUCCGACACCUUAACUUAUGAAUCGUUAGAAUCCAAUGAAGUUAACGUUUCAGAUAGCGUUUCUAGUCAUAAAUCUGGACCACUGAUGAAUGAAAUUUUAGAAAGAUAUGCUAAAGAGCAACAACUUUCUGUUGAUGGCAACGAAGAUACAACAAAGGCAUCGACUAGUCAGUCAUUAUCAAAUGCAUCUAAUUCAUUUCAGUCAAAAGUAGCAAACUUCGUGUGUAGUCUAAGAAAUUCGUUUUCGAAAUAUUUAGUUAUAGGUGAAAGAACAGCUAGCGAUGCUGAAAAAUUGUUGGAUUUAGAUACGUCCCCACAGAUAAAUUUUGUAGACAGGUUUUGUUUCGAAGUACCAAAAGAUCCUUUCUUGAGCCCCAUUUUUGCUACAGAUGAAGAUUUAAGGAAAUUUCCUCCCACAAAAGUUUUGAGUGUUGAAAUGGACCCAUGUCUUGAUGACUGUAUAAUGUUUGCCAAAAGGCUCAAAAAUGUGGGAAAUGACGUUAGUCUAGAUAUAUUAAGAGGUUUGCCUCAUGGAUUUUUAAAUUUUUCAUUAUUUUCGAAAGAGGCUCAUGAAGGUUCCAAUGUAUGUGUCCGACGAAUUGAGGAACUAUUGAAACAGAGAAGACAAAAUCAGACAAUACUGUAAUUUAGUCAAUGAUUAAAAUAAUUCAUAGAUCUGUCCAAUAGUGGAAAAGUAUUAUUCUAUAGGUAUUAAUAUUCAUUGUUAAUAUUGUUUUAGCUAGGUAAUUUGUUGGAGAUGAAUGCAACAUUAUUUUUAUACAGUAGGUACUUUACGUACAUCUCUUCUAUAUUUAUUUAUCCAAUUUAAACGUUAAUAUUUGUUGGCCAAAUAUUACUGGUUGGUUAACACGUUUCCGAUCUAAUGGAAAUAUUGUGGAGUGAAAUAAAUAUUUAAAUAAAUUAACAAAUGGCUUAAAAACAUGAUUUAUUAAUAAUUUAUUCAUAAUUACUGAAGUAAUAGAUCUGUUGAUUAGAUUAUGAGCUUUUUUGUUUUUUGUUUUAUUAUGAUAUUAAGCGUGAAAGGACUGUAAAUGUUUUUUAAAAGUAUGUAUUUUGUGUCUGUUACAUAUGUGUGGGGCGGUGUAUAAUAAUUCAGCUGGUGGAAAGUUUUACGAUAUGUCUUUCGACUUACUUUCAUAAAACUGAAAAAUCCUAAAAAAACAAGAAGUAAGUUCGUUAUAAGAAUUUUUGAGAUGUCAAAUGAAGAAAGGGGUUAUUUUCCAUGUUUCAGAGUAAAAUUGUUGCAUGAUUUCACGUAAAAAUACACCAAAACAAGCAGUAUAAUAUUCUUUUCCAGCAAUAAAAGCAACAAGGUGGGCUCAGUCGCCAAACGGAAUCGGCGAACUCACCAAUGGUCAUAGAACUCAUCCUUGGUGUAGCUAGAAGUGUUGCUAUCGCAUCAGCUUGCAAAGCGGGCUCGGUAAAGAAGGAUUGAGACAAGCGAACACAUAAAAGGACCCUCUGCUUCUCUUACCAAACAACUGUUCCAAUUAAAUAGGCGCGAAAUCCGACUAGUGACCGAACUUUUAAACGGAUACGGUCAUCAAAGACGCCAUCUCCACAUCAUGGUCAUUCACACGAGUGCUGUUCAAACAUUUGAGUAAGCCUCACAGCAUGCCUAAUGACAUCAAAGGUUUCAAGCAAAAUCGCCUGAUCGGCUUUUCAAACGACAUCGGCCUUUGGUAACGUCAAGUGGGACACAACGGGCCUAUCUGAAGGUCUGUGCUCAACUGUCCUUGGCCGCCCACAAUGAAACUGACUUUAAUUUCAAUUUAAACCACUAAAUAAUCAUUUUAAACAGAAGAAGUUGAUAUCAUGGUCCACUUUUUUAUAUCAAAUAUUUAAGUAGAUCAUAUUCUUUAAGAUAGUGGAAUAUGUUAAUUAGAAAUUGUUUUAAUAUGUUUAGGACCAGUUCCUAAAAAUUCUACCAGCAAUGUUCAAUUUUUUUUAUUAGUUUUUUAACAGUAUAAGAGCCAAUUCAUGUUAAAGUUCACGUAUUGAUAUUUCUUUUUCAAAUUGAGAAAACUGGUAGCUUGAAUUAGAACAAAUUUCAAAUAACAAAAUUAUAAAAAAUCGAAAACUUACCCAAAGUCAUGCUUUUAUUAGCUUCUUUUAUCAAUCGAUGUUUAUCUUUUCACUUCUGUUCCCUAUUCAUAAUCCACAAUUUCUGUUUCAGUCAUUAUUAUUUGCUUCCCAAGUAUUCUUUAUUCAAUUAUCCCAUUUUCUACUAGGAAUCAAAAAACUUCUCUUGAUUUUUAUUCAUUUUAUUUUAUUUCUUAUUAAUUAUAUUAAAUUGCUCUAAUUUAUUAAAAAAGUCUUAUGUGUCCACUUUUUCCCCGACUUUCUAAUUGUUCAACAAAACUGUCGUAAGCAACUGAUUUCCAGUAUUUUUCUAUCAACAUUGCAAUAAUUAUAUAUAAAGUGAAUAUUUGUAUCUGAAACGUUGGAAAAUAUCCCAUAUCUAGGUUAUUAUGAUGAUAUUAAAAACGUUAUAAAAUCAAAUUGCAAACUGUAAACACAUGUUUUCACAAAUGUGGAAAUAUUGAAAAUGGCUUAUUCACAAAUAACCCCGUAAUAAUAACCUUAUUGCAACUUCUGUGAUAUUGUUUUAUUUGUGGUGUUUAUUUAUAAUUUAUUUAUUAUUAUAAUAGAUAUGUUCAGGGAAGAAAUAAAGGAUCCUGUACUCGUACUGAAAUUCAGAUUCAGCCAUUUUUGUCAUAAACCAUUCAUAUAUAUUUAAAUUCUUUAGGUUGGUGUCAAAUUGGCUGUAAUUGUUUAAUUAUAUUGAUAUUUUGUCGAAUAAACAAGGUGGUUCAGAAUCAAAAACAUUAAUUUCUAGAUCUCAAAAAUAACAUCUUUAUAUACUCUCAACUAAUAACAAAAAUUAAACCUUUUUAAUGGAUGUAUUGAGUUUAUCCCCCACUCACCUUAUUUCAUAUUGAAGUGGGGUAGUUUUGGUAGCUAAGUGAUGGUUCUUAUAGUAGCAUUUUUUCAAAUUUUAAUAAUAUCGUUAUUUUUAAUUAAUUUAAACUCGAAAGUAUACUUUUAGUUUACUGUAAUCGUUUCAAUUCUGCAAUACCGAAACUACCCUGUAUUCAUAUGGGAUAAGAUGACUUGAAAUUAAUUAUCCCACACCAUCACCAACAUGUGGCACUACAGUUCGAUAUUAACCUUGGUCUCCCCGACAAUUCUCCUCCAAAUUGGUCUGUUCUUCACCAACGUUCCCCAUCCUCUAACAUUCAUUAUUUGUAAGUCUUUGUGAACUUGAUCAGUCUAUCUGAUACAGGGUCUACCUAUUUUUCUACUGCUUUAUAUUCAUGGUUCUCUUUGACACCCGCUUGUCCCCCAUCUUUCAAUGUGGUCAAACCAUCUCAAUCUCUGGGUUUUAAUGAUGUUUUCAUUGCCCAGUAUUUGAUUGAUUUCGUUCAUUCUAAUUCCUCCUAAUUUCUUUGAUUAUGUGUGUAUCGCUUUCUCUUAAUUAUUAUCCUACUGUCUUAUAUUCACUCUCAACAUACGAACUCUAUAGUCAAGGCAUUUUGGCAAAUAUUUGAAAAAAUAAUUCAUCCUUUGAUGUGUUGUAUCUCCUUCAUAUAUAUUUAUUUUUGGAGGUACAGUGAGCUCUAGAAAUGUAUGUACUUCAGUGUGGACCACCUUGUAUUAUCGAAAAUAAUGUGAGUUGAACACAUACAAAAUUGUUGGUUUUCAUCCAAAUGGUAAUUCUUCAUAGUUUUUAACAUUGCUUGUACUUAAAUUUGGAUUAAUUAAGAACAGUGUAAUCACAAAAAAUGCUAGUCUUCUUUAAUCGAAUCUGAUCAUACAUACUAAAUUUUAAUCCAAUGUAAUUUACAAUAAUUCCUAUUUAUAUUUAUGUAUACUACAAAUAAUUUGUACCAAUAGUAGCUUCAUUAAUUUUGAAUGAAUUUCACAUCAUUAGUGUGAGGUCCUUUGAAAAAUUCUCAUUGAACAACCAUUGUUUUAUAUGUUUUUGUUGACAAAGUUAUAUUUGAUAUUUACUGUUAUAAUUUAUUUGAAUAAACUUAUUUUGAAGCAAA